GGCAGUAUUGUGCGAACGUGUGUGUGGGAAGGAGUGCCGAGCGGGGAGAUCUGUGUGCCACCGCUUAAACUGUAACACAUAGCUAAUCUCAUCCACUCAUUCAAGACACAUAAUACUUCCCUACACUUAGGAAGAGAAAGAGACAAGCAGAACAGCAAUUACAUAAUCAAAACUGAGAAGCGAGACACAACCAUACAAUAUAUAGACAGGAGAUACUUGGGCUCCAGCUCAACGAUCCGCUCACGAUGGCCAGAAAUAACCUCUGUUAUCUGCUGUGGCUGCUGUGUGUGGUGACUGCCGGCCUAGGGAUCUCAGCAGGAUUCCAAGACCCCGAUUAUCUUCCCACUCAACCGGAGGAUCCUUUACAGCCGGUGUGGGAUGACCUGGAUACUCUUCCAUUAGAGAUCCUGAACGGCUUCAAAGACCAAAUGGACUUACACACCCGCCAGAUGCAGAGCUCGCUGACAGAGAUUCUCAGCCGCCUCUCGUCUCUGGAAGACAAGGUGCAGCACGAGAUCACCGCGCUACGCGAGGAAAUGGGCGAUUUAGUAACUGAUAGACUGGUCAAUGCCGAGACUAUGAUUCUGGAAGGCAUAUUUAAACAUUCUAACGCCAUUAUUUCCAGCGUAAGGGAAAAGUGUGACGUCCAGGGCCAUGCGUCUUCCCUCGCUGGAAAGUUGGUGGGGAUCGUGAAUGCGACAGUGAAGGAGGCAACGACCACUUGCUCCGCGCAGGCUGCGGGGCAGACGGCGAGGGUGGAGCAGGCAGCUGCCAAAUUGGAGGAGGUGGCGAUGAGAGUGGAGGAGACGGCAGCGAAGGUGGAGGAGACAACGACGAUGGUGGAAGAAACGGCGACGAAGGUGGAGGAGACAAUGAAGAAUGUGGAGGAGACAGCAGCGAAGGUGGAGGAGACGGAGACGAAGGUGGAGGAGACGGCGACGAAGGUGGAGGAGGUGGCAGCGAACGUAGAGGAGACGGCGACGAAGGUGGAGGAGGUGGCAGCGAACGUAGAGGAGACGGCGACGAAGGUGGAGGAGGCGGCAGCGAAGGUGGAGGAGACGGCGACGAAGGUGGAGGAGGCGGCAGCGAAGGUGGAGGAGACGGCAAGUGUGGAGGAAGCGGCAAAUGUGGCAGAGCCGGCGGUGAGGGUAGAGGAGGAGGUGGCAGCGAGUUUGAGGAAUGGGAACAGGACGCAUCGCGCAACGGAAGGUUACAGAACCGUAAACGCCCUCUACCUACCUCGUGACUGCUCGGACAUCCACUGGCAGCAGCCCGAAGCCCUGAGCGGCGUGUACCAGACCUUCCCAACCCUCGACCCUAAGGGACCUGUGCAAGCCUAUUGCGACAUGGGGAAUGCGGGCGCAAAGGAGACAGGAGGAUGGACGGUCAUACUGCGCAGACAAAACUCAACGUGGGGCCUUGAAAACUUCAACAGGUCGUGGGUAGAAUACCGUGAGGGCUUUGGUCACCCCGGGUCAGGGGAGUGGUGGUAUGGACUGGCGCCCCUGCAUGCCCUCACUUUCAGACAACCCUUCGAGGUGGAGUUCAUCUUACACGACCUGGAACUGGGGAUCUUCCAAGCUGCCUACAAGACCUUUAGGGUGGCAAGCGAAGGAAAUAACUUCCGCCUUCUGACAAGUGGCUUCUCUGGGAACGUGUCUUACGACGCCCUUACCUCCAUGCACCACGGCGAGCCCUUCAGCACCUACGACAAGGAUCUCGAUUCACUUGAAGGAAACUGCGCUUCUAACAACGGCGGUGGAUGGUGGUACAAGAAGUGUCACAGGGCGGCCCUCACAGCCACCUUCCCUGUCACCAGGGCCCGAAACUCCCGCACUAUCCGCUGGUACAGAACUGACGGAUGGUUGGUUCUCGAUGAUGUUAUCAUGAAAAUCAGGCCAAGUAACUAUGGCCAACGGUUCAACACCUACGCAGAUGGAGAGUGACCUAAAUUCUUGCCGUGUUGAACACCACACUGGACUUUUCACUAAAGCCUUUCAAAACCUAUCAAUUUAUUUAUAAAAAAAAAUAAUAAUAAAAAAAUAAAUAAAUAAAAUAAAUAAAUAAAAAUAAAUAAAUAAAUCAGACAAUAUUGAUCACAUUUUCUGAUUUUACUAACAACUGAAUUUUAGAACUUUUUUGUACUUGUCUUCCGUAAUAAAUUCAUUCACGACACUUAUAGAUGACACUGAGCUUUAGUCUAUUCAUUCCCUGAAACACAUCAGACAUUUGCUUGUAAGAGAUUUGCGUAUUUUGUAAUUGUCGUGCUUGCAAUAUUGUACGCAGGAUCACAGUAAUUAUUAUAAGGGUGGCCACGAGGGUGAUAGAUACUAAUAAUUUUUAAUAUUUAAUUCAUUAGAAGUGGUGAUAGACACUAAUAGUUUUUAAUAUUUAAUUAAAAUUAAGUAUAAAAUCAGUUAUCGUCAAGCGACGUGCAAGUUAUCUUCCAGUUAUUUCAAUGACAAAAUGCAAUUCAUAUUAAAUAAGUC